AUGCUUCCAGCUAUAGAACGAGUAGAGACUUAUGACACAUCGGAAGACGUUGACGUUGGUAAGAAAUUGGCCGAGGAUGAGGGCGAUUCCAUCGGAGGCUACUCUUCUAGUCGCUAUGGUAAAUAUUCUAGCCGAUAUGCAUCCGCCACAGACGAGACCGGUAGUGACGACUACAUCGGCAAACGUGAAUCGAAAUACUCAUCAAGUUACAGAUCAACUGAUACCGAUUUGCAACUAGUCCCUGAAGACGCUGAACAAUACGGUGGUGAUGAGGAAGACACCGCGGUCCAGGAGGGCGAUGAAGGAGAGGAGGCUGAGGAAGGGGAAGAAGAAACAGUACGAUCUCACACGUCAUCAGUGUCAUCAUCAGCGCUCGCGGCCGCCACCGGCGCCCACGCCGAACAAAUCGAACAAGAGAAGCCGAAACGUCAAAUUGAACAGAAGGUGUCCUUCAGAGCUUCCACUGACAAUUCUGAACCUCGAGUUGCAAAAAAUCCCAUCGAAAAUAUUGUGCCAAAGAAGAAAGUUUCCGACCUUAUUGCAAGAUUCAACACGGGAAACGUCACAAAUGGCCGUGGCGAAGCAUGGAAGGAAAAGGUUCCGUUCAUUUCUUGCAGUGGCUUCGAGAAAUCUGACCAGCUGACCAGCAAUCGUCCUGGUGCUUGA